UAUUAGAUCUAAUAAAAGAUAAAAAGUGGAUAUUAUAGAUCUAGAUCUAUCUGAUAUCUGGAUCUAGAGACUAGUGUGACUGACAAGAUUUUAAUAGAAAAUGGCAACUUCUAAUUUAGUGGCUGCUGGUCUGCUGAUUUUUAGACGAUUACAUAAUAAACUUGAAUAUCUUUUGCUUCAAACUUCAUAUGGAGAAAAUCAUUGGACACCCCCAAAAGGACACGUAGACCCUGGAGAAACAGAGUUUGAAACAGCAAUUCGUGAGACAGAGGAAGAAUCUGGAUUUAAAAAAGAACAAUUAAAAAUAUUAACAGAAUUUGAGAGAAAUUUAGUUUAUAAUGUAAAUGGUAAACCUAAGCGUGUAGUAUACUGGCUAUCAGAAUUGUGCAAUCCAAACGAUCCAGUUAGAUUAUCGAGUGAACAUCAAGACUUUAAAUGGCUGCAUUUGGAUGAAGCUUGCACCCUUGUAAAGUAUCCAGAUAUGGCUGCUUUGCUAAAGGAGGCAAAUAAAUUUCUUUUAGAACUAUACAAAUCUUAGCAUUUUAGUUAUGAUUAACUUUAUUCCAUUCGUUUGUGUAAUUUACAGUUUACAAAUUUUAUUACUAAAUUUAUAAUUUUUUGUAAAAAAAAAAUAAUGAUGAUCUGGAGUAGUUUCCCUUGUCUUAUACAAAUAUGAUUUUAAAAAUUAAAUUUUGGCGUGUUUGAAUGAAUUAUUGUCUUACAUGGUUGAUGUGACUAAACUAUACUGUACUGGUUAUUUGUGUGUGCUUAUUUUUUAAUAAAUGUGGUAUAUUUAUGUUUGCUUAAGUGUUAAAGCAUAAAAUAUUGUAAUAAAUAUCAUAUCUGAUUAUGAAUACCAUAUGAUAUUUUAGCUUCUCUGUAUCUUAUUAGUUUUUGCAUACACAAAAAUAUUAUACUUAUAUUCAGAACAAUAGCAAUUCUUGAUUAUAUCCUCGUGGUAUUCUCUCAAAAGCUUAACUGCAAACUUCUGUCAUGAUAUAUUUUUCUUUUCUGUAUUCAUUUUCUUUUACUGCACAUUAGUUUUUUAUUUUAAAAAUUAAAAUAUGAUGAUAAUAAUAAUAAUAAUAAAAUCAGAUAAAUCAUUGAAUGUGUGCAGUGUGGUAGUAUUUAUUAUGAUUGAAUACCAUUACAAAUAAAAAAUUUAAAACUUCAGAA